AUGGACCCGAAACGCGAGAUUGGGGGGCACCUCCCUCUCUCAGCCCACACCCCAGUCGAGCAGCUUCAUGCCGCCGCACAGCGACUCCCGGUGGAUUCGCCCACUCUGCCACUCUGCGGUCCCAAGCCCGUCAAGGCCAGCCCAACCAAAGCCUAG